CAUUUUCCAAAAAGGACGAGGAACCCGAACAUCGAACAGAAAAUCGUAGACCAUUUUAUCCGCGCAAAGAGGGAUUCAUGUUAACGUCAGCCGCCGAUAUGCUUCGACCACAUCAGCUAAAUCCCUCCCGGAACAUUCGCGAAAAAAUGAGAAUCUUCGAGCAAGAUGCGAGCUUAGACAGCUCGGCCCAACGGAGACGAUACUCGGACACAUCGGCGCUGCUUCUUGCCGGUGGUGGAGGUGGAAUUCAAUCCGCCGGACGCCAUCAUUAUCAUAAUCAGAACCAAAGAUCCCUGGGCGAGUGCGAUCUGAUAGGACAAACGGCACCGCUUACCUUUGUCAGGAAUCCAAAUAGCAACAACAACGACCCAACCAGUAGAAUGAUGCCACCAAUCAACGGAACUAGUGCCAACGGCUCCGACAGCCAGGGCCUGAUUAUGCCCAAGAAGCUGGUCAAUCCCUGCGUCGAAUCCAUGGAUCGGCAGAACCUGCACCGGGAGCUGAUGUUCAAUCAGAAGAUGGGCAAAAACGUGCUGAACCAAAAGUCGGAGCUGCAGCGAGCGCUCGAAAAGCAGAAGGAACGCCAAAUCCUCGCGGCCCAGAAUCUCGCCAAGCAGCAGGCCCAGGAACAAUCGAUUGCCAACGAGCUGGGCCGGGUGAUCAUGCAGCGGGCGGCCCGUCUGGAGCAGAAAAAUGCCGCCGCAGCUGCCGCUGGGUCCCAGGACGGUGGCGACGGAGGCGACUCCAUCAACCCGGAAUAUCUGAUGGCCCGAUCGAAGCUUCGGGCGACGACGGCUGCUGCCGCACCACCGGCCGUUUAUUCGAAGUAGGGUGGUCUCCCAAAAGCAUAUUUAUCUAAGAAUCUUUAGUUCUGUAAGGAUUUCUCGAUUUUAACCGACAAACUUGGGCGCGGACAGACCGCGAACGUUAAUUUUAGAUAAACUUUCGAUAGUUUCUUUCCGUGUUUUUAACGUUUUAGUUUUAACGUCGUGUAUGUAGUUUUGUACUGGAGUCCUAAAAGAGACAGAGAGAGAGGGAACAUAAUAGAAGGACAAAUCAAGAUAAGUGAUAGUAUUGGUAUUAUCUCUGUGUAACACGAUUUCCACACAUUCUUGUUUUACUGAAUAUUAGACUAAUUUUUGAACUCUAAACUCAAGUUUAAUUGAAGAAAUCUGAAAAAGAAAUGGUUUAUGAACGACUAUCCCUUCAAAGUCUUUCUCGUAUAUUUUCUCUGAGAACAGUUAAAAGAUACAAAAAUAGAACGAAAAUAUGAUCACGAAAACUUUUCAAAGUUGAAAGCAUUUAAAUGGAUUGAAGCAAAAAAAAAAAAAGAAUAAUAAUGAAAAUAUUUGUACACUAAUGCAUAAUCAGAAGUAUUUAAAAACAUUACAAAUAACAAACAAACAAGUAAACAGAAAAAGAUGCAAUAAAUGAAAUUUAUUUACUCCGAGAAAAGUGAAUAAAACAAAAAACCGAAACAAGUGAAGGCAAAAUGCUUUAAGUAGUUCUAAUCAGUUAUAUUUAUCAAAUUUUUUUACCUUCCCUUAAAUUUGUUUUCCAUCUUUCGAACACUGUUUAGAAAAAAAAAUAACGAAACGAAAAUCUUAUCCAAUCUGUUGAAAAUGUGCGGUUUGUUUAGUUCUUUUGAAGAAUAUGUUUAGGAAGAUUAGACGUUUAAGUGAAUCAAAAGGAUACGAAAGGGAUGAUGGAAACGAUAAUUGAAAAAAAAACAAGUAACAUUCGAAAAAACGGUAGCAAAAAUGUGAUAGAAACCUCUUAGAAGCAUAACCGUUUUUUGACUCAAAUGCAAAUUUGGAAGUUAACUCAAUUUUCGACAUUUUUUUUUCAUCAUAUUUCUAAAGAUCAUUCAAUUUUAAUUAAAUCAAGACCAAUUGCGGCUUCCAAUUUAAUACAAAAAAUUGCAACCUUUUACCAACUCAAAUGCCACAAUAAAAUAUCAUCUCACCGCUAAAAAGACACAAAUGGAAAGGCCUUCGAAAAUGAGCUACAGUCAAUGGGUAAAACUGGACCGAACUGCAUUUUUAUAACCACACACACCCUAGAAUCAAUCGAUAAGAAACAAAAAGUGUGAACAUGUUCAAUCAACCAAAAUGAGAAACAUCAUACAAUUACAUAUACUCGAGCAUCAAUCACUUUACUGAAUGUUAGAAAUGGUAAUCGAAUGUUUUACUCGAAACAUAUACAUUUAGGAAAACACCUUUCAUCAUACUCACAACAACAUAACAUCAAUCUACCUAUUACAACAACCCAUCAUGGUUGGAAAUUUAUGAAAGAAGAUUGCAAACCGAAAGACUCAGUAAAAUUGGACUGCGAAAAACGAAACACAAAUUUUCCCAAAGUGAACAACCAACUACCGACAACAAGUAGAGAAGCAAUUCAAGUUAACAGACCCCCCCUUAAAAAUGUGUAGAUUUGUAAAUGAAUGGAUAAGAAACCCUGAGCGAAACACAAAAAGAUUUCGGGAACCUGACAGUUGGAAUAUCCAAACCCAACCACCCUCAAAAAGAAAUUAAAAAAAAACAAUUCACUCAUUAAAAAUAAAAAAAACCCAAAGUUUGGCCUUGCUAGAGAUUCGUAUUUGUGUGGAAUCAAAACCAAAAGCCGGAUAAAAUUAACAAACUAAAAUCUGUAAAAGCAAAAAAGGUAUUAGCUAUUCAUAUAUUUGUAGUAAACUCUGAAGAACUUGGAAGACAAAAAUUUGUACAAUUGGAAUUACCUACCUUAUUAGGAUAUAGAGUGAUCGAGAACAUUUCCCAAAAUCAAAACCACCCAAUCCAAAAUCCACCCUCUUAAACGUUGCCAACAAAAUUCACCACUUAAAGCAUAAAUUAAAAAAAAAACAAACACAAAACAGUACGAAAGUAUAUCAACUAAAAAGUUAAAUAAUUAGAGGUUCAAAUAAUCUAUCAAGCAGACAGCUUCAAUAAAGUUACAUGAGUUUCUCAAACGAAUCAGAAUCUGAAAAUCAAAUAACUUACAUCAGCAUGUACUUUUAAAUUAGAGACAGCGCUAUAAAAGGAGUUCACAAUACCUGGAUUUUUUUUUAGUUUAAAUUCAAAGUUUUACAACAGUCAUUAGCAAGUGUUACAGUUUCAAACUUCCCUUAAUUUGCUAAACUGCAUAUAACAAGCAUAAAGGGUUAUUUAACUUAUUCAAUCAAAUUUCACAGAUCGAUCGAUUGAUUGCCGGUGAUAAGUUUUGAGGUUUGUCGUCUAAGAAUACAAUUUGUCUGAAAAAUUGAAAACGAGAUGAUGAAAGAGUGUGACUUUUUUAGUCGCUGAACGAAAUGAGUAAACACAUAAAUGAGACCCAAACAAGUUUGUGCCUACGAGAGGCCCACACGUUAUAGGUAGAGGAAAAAAAUCGAACGGAUUUUAGAAGUAUGUAACCAUUUAGAGCAGAAUGUUGUUGUGAAUUGUGAUUGUUUUGUCUUUAGAGCAGCGAAUAGGAUUGGGUGUCUACUAAUCUGAACAGAGAAAGAGUAAACUCAAACAACACAGGCACAGGUGGAAACAAACAUACUGAAAUCUACUACCCUACCUACCCUACGCCUAGAACAUUAAUAAGCAAAAAAAAACAAACAAAAAACACACAGACAGAACUACAGUACUGUAAACGUGAAAGUGCGCAUAUGGUGAUGAUGAUUGUAUAAAGUUACGCAGUCCCCAUGAAAAAUGUACUGUUGUUAACACUUAUGCACGGUAGUAUAAGCAUGAAGUGGCAAAACCAGUCGAAUCAGAAGGAAGGAAGAGGAUAAAUAAAACUAUUUUAACUCGAAACAAACAAA